UGUCAAAACAGAUGAAGCUUUCGCAGAGUUCCUUAAACAAUUUUUUGAAUUUUGGUUAAAUAAAUGUAUCAAAACUGGAUUUUACCGCGAGAUAAAAUGCAAAGUACUAUCAAGGAACUGCUUGAUGCUCUAGGAUGUAAUUUAGAUAUUGAUACAGUUUUGGACUACAUGCAGAAUGACGCCAACUACUGCAAUAGCAAUCUCACAUCUAAACAAGUAAAUGAAUACGCUCAAAGAUUAGCGCUAAAGGCAACAAAUGCCAAGACAUUUCUCAAAAAGUAUGAAGAUUUGAAAAGCCGCAACACUGACAAUCUAUAUGACAUUAUUUUGUUAUUCUACAAGUUGGUUCAUGAUGAUAAGAAAUCGAAAAUCAACAAACCAAAAGUUGCUCCGAAGCCUAUAUUGGGUGACAACAAACAUCAAAUCACUAAAGAUGAUCUUCCACAGAUUAAAGAUAAGUUACUUAAAGCUGUUGAUGAAAGCAAAAAGCUUGUGAUGAAGUCAUUUGAAGAAAAGGAAACCAAGAUCCGGCCUAAUUGGUACAGCAGUUUGGAUUUACCAAACUGGCAGAAGGAGCAUCCAUCUAUGUCUUGGGACUUUCCUAAAGAACCUUUACCAAUAAAUGGUAACCUAGCUGGUAUACCAAUAGAUUCUCAAGAGAACAUCAUGAUAGACGAGCUUCUAUAUCUUUUUUCUGGUGUCCCUGGCAACUUUAUUGUCCACCAACCUGUGAAAGAUACUUUUGACCCGCGGACAUUCAUCAUAUCUGAUGAUUUAGAUGAUGCUCUUAAGCAGAUAGUCGAACAGAUGUUGCCUCUUGCUUCCAAUUAUUCUAUAGUGAGGAGGUUUCUGGAGCAUUGUGAUAUGUGGUCAGGUCAGGUCUUGCACGCAUUGGUGGCUGCUAUCGAAGUACUUCUCAAGGAUUAUUAUACAAUGAUAGCCCAGUUAGAAACAGAGCAAAUGGCUGGGGCACUGUCUCUUCAGAAACUGUGGUACUUUGUGUUGCCUACCAUGCAUACAAUGCAAGUUCUUGCCGCUAUAGUCACCAACAUUGGAAAGAGCGAACUUCGUGGAGGCGCGGUACUGACGGUGCUUCAUGAUAAGACUAACACGUUAAUGGGGGACGCAAGAGCACAAGAAAUAUCCCUGUUUCUAACGGAACGGGCCAGCAGACCUUACCUCGCCAUUUUGGAUCAAUGGAUACAUAAAGGAACAAUUGUUGAUCCGUUUCAGGAAUUCAUGAUUGAAGACAACGAGCUGAUUAACAAGGAGGAGCUGCCCGUGGACUACUCGGCUGAUUACUGGGAGAAACGCUACAGCGUGCAGAAGGAUCGCGUGCCCAAAUUCUUGGAGAAAUUCACUGAUAUCAUUCUGAGGACUGGGAAGUACCUGAAUGUUAUUAGCCAAUGUGGUAAAUCAAUUUCCAAAACGAACACAGAAGAAAUCAAAUACUCUCUAAGGGAACAAAACUACGGUGCCAUAAUUCAAAAGGCGUAUGCCUUUGCAAGCAAAUCUCUACUAGAGUUACUUCUGAAGGAGUAUGAUCUCAUGGGGCGGUUGAAAUCCGUCAAGAAUUACUUCCUGAUGAGUCAGGGAGACUUCAUAGUUCAGUUCAUGGACGCCACAGAACAAGAGCUGUCGAAGAAAAUUGAUGAUAUUAUACCGUCGAAGCUGGAGUCUUUACUGGGUCUUUGUUUAAGGCUUUCGGCAGCUAGUCACGAUCCGUACAAUGAGGAUAUGAGGGUCGAGCUCUUGCCAUAUGAUUUACAAUUCCAAAUGUUCAAAAUUUUGUCCAUUGAGACAGAAGAAGAGAAAGAAUACAAACAGAACAAAGAUUGCCCGCCGUUGACUGGUAUCGAGACGUUUUCCUUUGGAAUGGAAGUAAAAUGGCCAGUUUCACUCAUUCUCAACCACAAAGCUAUCGCGUGCUACCAAAUGAUAUUCAGACAUCUGUUCUACUGCAAACACGUAGAGAGAUUACUGUGCAGAGUAUGGCUGUACAACAAAGUGGUGAAACGUUUCUCCGAAGCGCGCCAAUACGCCGACGCGUUCGCCCUCAGACAACGCAUGUUGAGCUGCAUCCAACACCUGCAGUACUACAUGUGCGUGGAGGUCAUCGAACCUUCCUGGUGCCAGCUGAUACAGAGCCUAGACAAGGUAAACAACGUGGACGAGGUGCUGGAGCGGCACAAUGACUUCCUGGAAGCCUGCUUGGGCGACUGCAUGCUGACCAGGUCACAGCUGUUGAAGGCAGUCACCGCGCUCUGCCUCGUCUGCGUACAAUUCUGCACGUUUAUACAGGAGAUGCACAAGUACUUCGUGGACGCAGAGCUUAACAGUAUGCUUGGAUCGACCUAUGACAGUUCAGACUAUAGUGAGGGCGCUGGUUGCGGAGGUUCUACUGCGCUUGCGUCGUCGGAUUCCUUCUCCCGCUCUGUGUCGCGGUACGGCCUCCGGUUCACCGCCGCUCUGCUGUCAGUCCUCGCGAUCAUAGACCAGAUGGCCAGAGACAACAACACCAACAAACUACUCAAUAUAUCCGCCAGGCUAAAAUUCAACACUUACUACGACAAACAAAAGGAGAUGAUCUGCAAUGACGACAACAUUAUGGGAAGCGAGAAGAAACCCGCGACCUCCUAGCACAGGGCGGCGCGGUCGCGCUCCAAACUCAUCACCUCUGUGUGAACAGACCUUUAUAUCAAGUGCCACCAUAAUAACUUACAUUAUGUGCACACCUUUACUUUCUCGGUCGAAGUUGUAAUACCUAGAAUCGUAGAAAUACUGCUAGUAACUGAAAGCCCACAUCAAUUCUUUUGCAAAAUUCAGAAGGGAAAAUCUACAAAGAGACGGAGAGGAAACGAAAUAUUUUGCAACUGUUUCUAAUUGGCUUAGAUUAGAAAUAGGGGCCCUUAAAUAGUUUUUUUUUUAUUUAUGGGUUUGAAUUCCAGUUUGUUUGCUCUUUAGUGCAGGUAACUUACGAGUGGGUUAUUUCAAAACUGGGUAAAUUAGCAUUAAAGUCUUUUUAUAUUUCCAAUAAAAUAGUAUUAACGCCUAAUAAAAUGAUAGAUGUAAACGCGCUAAAUAAUCUUAUUUAAAGAAUCGACUAAUUAAUUUUUAUAUUAAUCAUUGAAGCUGCACCAAAUUUAAAUGGAAAAAAAUUCAAGUAAAAUUUCCGUAGAAAUAAAUGGUACUCUAUGGAGUGUUGUUAGAUUAAAUGCAAUCAAAUUGAGUAUUAUAGGAUAACUAUGGUGCAACUACACUUUUGCAUGUCCUAUGUAUUUGUUCUAUCUAUAUAAACUUAGGCUUCUUAUUGGUAGACAAAAUUUUAAGUGGAGAUCAUUUGUUUACGUGCCGUAUCUAAUAUAAAUUAUACAGUUACACUUCGAAGAAACAAAGUUCCUUUAAUUCAAAUAAUAAAAAGAGUUAGAUUACAUAUCUUGACUCUUAUAAAUUCAGUGACGUGAAAAGUUCCUUUUAGUGUUCAGAUUGCCAUUUUAGUGUCAUAUUAUUCUGGAAUCUUAAUAAGUAAUCUCGAGUGUUGUAUUAACUAUUACUGUAUCUGAAUGUACUCUUCAUAAUUGCAUAGUAAACUUAUUUAAGCUUAAUAGGGAUAAAUAAAGAUUACAUACUGAUUAAUUACUGUUUGGGAUAGAUAGUGUUAAAAGAAUUUACCAGUAAAUGUUAGUCUGUAUACUUUGUGAUUGUUCAAUCGAUACUAUCCGGCUUAGUACAAAUUAAAAUUACACGAUUUUAUCAUUGAUUAAACCUAUAUUUUCGUAUACGCUUUAUAAUUUAUGAGCACAACUAACACUUAAUAUACAAUAUAAUUAAUCACUUAAAUUCCCGUUUAAAAUCAAUAUUUUUGAUAAUAAAAUGAAAAUAAAUAAAUGAAUAGUUAUCCAAAAACGUAUUUAUAUACAGCCAUGUUUUAUAGUAGGAACAUUAAUGUAAAACCGAAACCCUUGCCAUAUUUUAAUAAUAUUAAAAAUAAAUUUCACGAUCUUGUUUAUGAAAAUAUACUUCCAAUUAGUUUUAGUAGGAAAUGGUUAUCUUUCUUGUUUGACUUUUGUGACUAGACAUAAGUAAGUGCGUGUGAAAAUAAAGGUCUACAAAAUUAAAUUUAGAUGAAGUGUAUUCGAAUAAGUAUGCCCCAAUUCCAAAAAAAUACUUUUAAUGUUGAUAUUUUUUACAUUCGUUGUGAUUGGCUGUGCAUUAGCUAAUAAUGUUUUGGACAAUAGUAAUGUUUCCUUAGUGUUGAUAAAUUUGUUGUUGUAGUAGAGUGCCAUCUUUCCAAUUGUGUUGUUAUUUUUAGGUCAUAAAUAUGUUGGUUAAUAUUCACAGAGUUGACUGCUUUGCUCUGGAAAAAAUUAAAUAGUCCAUGGUCCCGAUUGCAUUUUCAUCUGUGAAAUUUGAAAAACAUUUUUAGAAAGAUUAUGUUUACCGACUUAGGGAAAUGUGUUGUUUGUACGCUUUACAGGGUAGUAAUACAUGUCUCCUUUUUUAAAUGGUAGUUUUGUAUACGUCACAACGUUAAAAUUGUCUGGAAGAUUCUUAUCUCGGAUUUUAAUUGUAUCUAACAAAGUUCUUGCUUUCUAAGCAAGAACUUUGUUAGGACAGACUGGUAAGUAUCGCAGGUCAUACCCGAAAUAACAUUUUUAUAUUGUUUUUAUGAAUUUAUUACCCACCUAAUCAUUAUAAUAAAGUAAAAAGACUCAUGACAAGGGAAGUGCAUGUUCGUUGUAUGGUUCAAAUGUAGUGUGGAUGGAUUUAUGUAUAAUUUUCUCGUUUAUUUUAAUAAAUACAAUGUAGCGUCCUGAUAAUGAGCAUAUACACACACACGUGUAUAUGUUUUCAACAUUAAAUCUCAGUACAUAGCUAACUAAUGUAAAUAAAUGCCAUCGUUAUUUUUUUAUUUCAAUAAAUUAAUUAACAGCCA